UCCAGUCGGGUGUGUUUUCGCUGCGUGCCGCUGCUGUGUUUCCCGUUCACUGUCCGACUGUGGCGGCUUUUCGGCGGGUUCCGUUAAAAUGGCGCUUCGGUUGCCAGGAGCUGAAACCCAUCGGAGAAAAAACGACAGCGGAUAAUAGUGCACCGCCGACACCGAUUUUGACCGCACGGGAGGAUAUAUUAGUAAGCCAUGGCUGCGCUUGAUCAGAAAUCACCCAACGUGCUUCUGCAGAGUCUGUGCUGUAAGAUAACGGGCAAGAGUGAAGCUGACGUGGCCCAUCAGUUCCAGUACGCCGUGCGAGUCAUUGGGAGUAAUUACGCACCCACCAUUGAACGGGAUGAGUUUCUAGUGUCUGAAAAAAUAAAAAAAGAAUUGUUGAAACAGCGAAGAGAGGCAGACGCUGCUCUUUUUUCUGAGUUGCACAGAAAGCUUCAAACUCAGGGCGUGUUGAAAAAUAGAUGGUCCAUCUUGUAUCUCCUGCUCAGCCUCUGUGAGGACCCAGUAAAGCCGUCCAGCCGAGUGCCUGCAGGUAGUUAUGGAGCUCUAUUCGCUCAGGCUUUGCCGCGCGAUGUCCACUCCACACCGUUCUACUACGCCCGUCCUCAGAGCCUCCCACUUAGUUACCCUGAGCGCUCCGCAGCCGCCCAUAACUCCAGUAUGGCCACCAGCGGGAUCAGCAGUAUGGGAGUGUUCUCCAUCAACGGGCCAGGCCCGACACCUCCAUCUCUGCUUACUGGACCUGGUUCACAGGUAGUUGGCGAGUCCAUGAGAGGGUCUCGUCUGGCCUGGACUCUUCCAGUCUCAAGUUCGCCUUCUGGGGCAGCCGGUGCCCCUCGCCCACCUAGCGGGCCCUCUGCCUGCCCCACUCCCAAACCCCCACAAAAGCCAAGGAGGGAUGGAGAUGGCAGCGCUGAGAUCGGAGAAGCCGCUCUGGUACGGGACCUUCUUUAUGUUUUCCAAGGGAUUGAUGGAAAGUUCAUCAAGAUGUCCAGCCAGGAGAAUAGCUACAAAAUUGAUCCUAAGGUUCCGCUGUGUAAGUCUCUGAGAGAUACUAGCAGCAGACUGUCUGAACUCGGCUGGCUCCACAAUAAAAUCAGAAAAUACACAGAUUCGCACAGCCUGGACCGAGCGUUUGGCCUGGUUGGACAGAGUUUUUGUGCUGCCUUGCAUCAAGAGCUGAAGGAAUAUUACAGACUGCUGUCUGUGCUGCAUGCACAGCUGCAGGUCGAGGAUGAUCAGGGCGUAAGCGAUGGCAUCGACAGCAGCUUGACUCUGAGAAGGCUGCUGGUGUGGACCUACGACCCCAAAGUUCGACUGAAAACGCUGGCGGCCCUCGUGGACUACUGCCAAGGCCGUAAAGGAGGGGAGUUGGCCUCGGCCGUACACGCGUACGGCAAGACGGGUGACCCUCACAUGAGGGCAUUGAUCCAGCACAUCCUCGGUCUGGUGUCCCACCCUAUUCUUAACUUCCUGUAUCGCUGGAUAUACGACGGAGAGCUGGAGGAUACGUACCAUGAGUUCUUUGUAGCCUCAGAUCCGACAGUGAAGACGGACAGACUCUGGCACGAUAAGUACUCUUUGAGGAAGAGUAUGAUCCCAUCCUUCUUCACCAUGGACCAGGCCAGAAAGGUAUUGCUAAUCGGUAAAUCCAUCAACUUCCUGCAUCAGGUGUGUCAUGACCGGACGCCGCCGGGAAAAAUCAUGCCUGCCUCCAAAUCUACCGACUCACCCAAAGACGCGACAGAGUUGUUUACUGAUCUCGAAGGGGCCUUUCAGAGUAAGAUAGAUGCUGCUUAUUUCGAGACCAGUAAGUAUCUGUUGGAUGUGUUGAAUAAGAACUACCAUCUACUUGAGCAUCUUCAAGCCAUGAGAAGAUACCUGCUGCUUGGCCAAGGAGACUUUAUCCGACACCUUAUGGACCUUCUCAAGCCAGAGCUGGUGAGGGCCGCCACUACCCUAUACCAACAUAAUUUAACCGGUAUCCUGGAGACCGCUGUCAGGGCAACCAACGCUCAAUUUGACAGUCCUGAGAUUCUGAAAAGACUCGAUGUUCGGCUGUUGGAGGUGUCUCCGGGGGACACUGGUUGGGACGUCUUCAGUCUGGACUAUCAUGUGGAGGGACCCAUUGCCACGGUGUUCACCCGUGAGUGUAUGAGUCAUUACCUGCGAGUGUUUAACUUCCUGUGGAGGGCGAAAAGAAUGGAGUACAUUCUCACAGACAUCUGGAAGGGUCAGAUGUGCAACGCCAAACUGCUGAAGAGCAUGCCGGAGCUCUCCGGUGUGCUGCACCAGUGUCACGUUCUCGCCUCCGAGAUGGUUCACUUCAUCCACCAGAUGCAGUACUACAUCACAUUUGAGGUGUUGGAGUGUUCGUGGGAUGAGUUGUGGAAUAAAGUUCAACAGGCUCAGGAUCUGGAUCACAUCAUCGCAGCUCACGAGGUUUUCCUGGACACCAUCAUCUCUCGCUGCCUACUAGAUGUUAACAACAGGUCUCUGUUGAAUCAGUUGCGUGCCGUGUUCGAUCAGAUCAUCGAGUUCCAGAGUGCCCAGGACUCGCUGUAUCGUUCUGCUUUAGAAGAACUACAGCUGCGUGUCCAGUACGAGGACAAGAAAAGACAAAGAGAGGAAAUGGGUGAGUGGGGUGUAACAGCAGAGCAGGAGGCGGCAGAGACCAGGCGCGUAAAGGAGUAUAAGGACACCAUACCAAAAAUGUGCUCCCAGCUCAGAUUGCUCACUCACUUCUACCAGGGCAUCGUGCAAGAGUUUCUUCGGCUGCUAAUGACCAGCUCUGAUGAGAGUCUACAGUUUCUCAGUUUCCGUCUGGACUUCAACGAACAUUACAAGGCCCGUGAUCCACGUCUGCGUCCCUCACUGGGGGCCACUAGAGGGCGACGAAGCUCUAACAUUUGACCUUUUGAUGGAACAUUAAUGUUGUGUGGUUACUGCGUCAAGAGACUUUAAUAAUAGGGCUAAUCACAAUUAUUCUGCCGCUCGUAUAACAGGGAAAUCAAAAAUUUGUUUAUAAAAUAUCCUAUUACCUUGCCAUGGCCAAAUGAGUCACAAACUAUCUAGUGGUCUUCGAGUCUAACAUUCAGUAGGACAAGGUCACAGAUGAGUUAUUUUUUCAGUUUUGUCAUUUGUUCGUGUUUACAUUUGUUCAUAUUUAAGAUUCUGUUUGAUACUUUUGUUUUUGUCAUUUUCUUGAUAUUUCUUCCUCUGUGUUUAUCUUAAUUUAGUUUUUGGCGCCCCCUCUGACAGCUCAGAUUGGGUUUUAACAUGCGGAUCUGCUUCGUCCUGGUGUCCAUUUUCAUGACCUUGUAAUUAUUUUUGAUCUGUUUGUUGAGUUUGUUAUUAUAGACGCUGUGACCUUUGUACUGCGUGUAUUAAAAGAGAAACUUUAAGUGUCA